AAUUGACCGACGUCAAUUGACAACAAUUCCAUUUAAUAAAUUCCCCAUCCGCAACGUCUGUGAUUCUUUUUUUUAACUCUGUUGUUCAUUAAGGCUUCUAUUUGGUUCCGAAGCAAUAGCGCACAAUGUUUGCCCGCUGCUCUUCAUCGCUCGUACGACCAUCGGUUCAGGGUUUUCGGCGCUUCCAGAGUACGCUUGUCGUGGCGGAACACAACAAUGAGACGCUGAACCCAAUCACGGCCAAUGCGGUCACGGCGGCUAAGAAGCUUGGCGGUGACGUGACCGUGUUGGUUGCCGGAACAAAAGUUGGUCCCGUUUCGGAAGCGGCCGCCAAGCUGGACGGUGUGAAGAAGGUGUUGGUCGCGGAAGGCGAUGCGUACAAGGGUUUGUUGGCGGAAUCGCUUACACCGCUCGUGUUGGCUACGCAGGAGCAGUUCAAAUUCACACACAUCGUAGCUGGAGCGACGGCUUUCGGAAAAGCCGUCCUUCCACACAUCGCCGCCAAGCUGGAUGUGUCCCCGGUGUCCGACAUUAUCGGUGUAAAGUCCGCCGAUACGUUCGUACGUACGAUCUACGCCGGCAAUGCUAUCCAAACGGUGAAAUCGAAAGACCCGGUUAAGGUUAUUACGGUGCGCGGUACAAACUUCGAACCGACGGGAGCGGCCGGUAGUGCAGCUGCAAUCGAGAAAGCUCCGGCCGGAGACUUUACAAGCAAAACGACCGAAUUCGUCAGCCAAGAGCUGACCAAAUCCGACCGUCCUUCGCUCACCGCAGCGAAGAUCAUCGUGUCCGGUGGCCGUGGUAUGAAGUCGGGCGACAACUUCAAGAUGCUGUACGAUCUGGCAGACAAGUGGGGUGCGGCCGUUGGAGCUUCGCGUGCCGCCGUCGAUGCCGGGUACGUGCCGAACGAUUUGCAGAUCGGACAGACGGGUAAAAUUGUAGCACCGGAGCUGUACGUUGCUAUUGGCAUUUCCGGUGCCAUCCAGCAUCUGGCUGGCAUGAAGGACUCGAAAACGAUCGUUGCCAUCAACAAGGAUCCGGAGGCACCGAUCUUCCAGGUUGCUGACUACGGUCUGGUGGCCGACCUGUUCAAGGUAGUACCGGAGAUGAACGAAAAGUGCUAACGAAGCACCGAAACAACCGCACACCGGACUGUGUUGAGUGAACAUGCCAGAACAGCCGUGGACGUGCUCGAAUUCGUACAAGCGACUCUCGGCUUGGUGAAGAAUUGUUUUAAAGUGUGUUGUAUUAGUUAUAGGCGCAAAAAUUUAGCUACAGUAUAUAACAUAUAUCGGGCACAAAACAAAAGAAAAAAAAAGACACUAUCCGUUUUGUUGGUGGUCUCCGGAGACGCUGUUGAAUGUCCACACUGCUGACACAAAACGCGGCACAGUUUCUAUUUCUUCGGUGCAAUAAUUCCUUCCAGUUGGGCCUACAAGAGAUUGUGUCCAAAAGCAGGACAAAGAAUUGUUAAUAAAUAUGUCCGUUUUUUCCGUACUAAA